UUGAUGUAUGGAAUGUUGUAAGAGCUCCCAACAAAAUUUGUAUUAAAUGACGCGUGUUUCACUUAAAGGUGUCCAGAAAUGGCAUCUGCCUCUCACAGAACUCAGGGCACAGCCAGCCUGAGGAAGGUGGUGUACUUCCAAUUACCAUCAGUCAGGCACAGAACUGUCCCAGCCCUACAGAGGGCUCCCUGGCGUCACAAGGCCCGCCUCUCCCCCCAGCUUCUGGACUCUUAGUGGCUUGGCAUUCUAAGAAUCAUGAACCUUCUGAGGCCAGCGUUAUGGAUGCCCACAGAGUUCCCAAGACAUGAGCGUCAUAGUUGUGGCUUAGUCCCCAGUCACUCACCAGAAUUAAGGGUCUGGACAGCUCCUGCCCCUCAAGCUGUUCUUAGAACACGACUACUGUAACACCCGCGCCCGCCCGCCUCCUUGUGAGGCCUCAGCCGUCCUUCCUAUGGGAGGCACGAAUGUGAGCCUGGUGACCGUGAGCAGACAGCAAGCGAACACCGGCAGGAACCUGGCUGUCUUUGCUUAGAACUCUUCUGUCUUAAUGGACAGACAGGCUACAUCCCAGACCCCCAGUCAAAAUGGCUGUCUGAAGGAGUAAUACAAUUGGUUUGCAUCUUUAAAGGAUUCUAAUUUUAUCAAUAAAACUUAAAACAAAAAUCCCAGCUGUAUUUCAAAUAGGAAAGGAGAGAAACUACUACCUUACAGCUUUCACGUUUUCUUUAUUCUAGUAAGGUGUGCCUUCCAGGGUUGCUUCGGGCGGGACCUACCCUGCCGGUGAUGGGGCUCUGAGUCAGCCGCUGGAGCCCCCCAACCCCCACCAAGGGGUGCAGCAGGACAAGAUGUUUGCCCGGGGACUGAAGAGAAAGUUUCCCGACGGUGAAGAGGAGUUGGCUGUCCCCUCAUAUGCCCUGCAGCGACAGUGCCUACUGGACAUGUCCCUGGUGAAACUGCAGCUGUGUCACAUGCUGGCGGAGCCCAACCUCUGCCGCUCCGUCCUCAUUGCCAACACUGUGCGGCAGAUCCAGGAGGAGAUGACCCAGGAUGGGGCUUGGCGAGGGAUGUCUCCCCCUGACGCAGGUCCAGCGCCCCUCGACCGCCUCGUUUCCACAGACAUCCUGUGUCGGUCAGAGCGGGAGCAGGACCAGGGUAGGCCUGGCCCCGGUGACAGCCACUUCCCCAAAGGGCCCCACGACUGCCCAGCUCCAGACCUCACCUCUGACCUCACCUCUGGCCCAGCAGCCCCGGUGGCAAGACAUGCCCCCAGCAGUGUCUGGGACCUGGACAGCUCUCGGGAAAGCAAGGGGGGCUUCCAGAAGUCACUGGAUCAGAUCUUUGAGACCCUGGAAAGCCGCAACCCCAGCUCCAUGGAGGACCUCUUGGCUGAUGUAGACGGCUCCUACUACGGCCUCGAUGCCGUGCUGGCUGGCAUGACGGGCAGCAGGACCAGCCCCUGUGACGCACUUGAGGGCCUGGCCCCUCCCGCCACCACACCCCCUGGCCCCGGCUGCAAGGCUGACCUGGGCGAGCUCGACCACAUUGUGGAAAUCCUUGUAGAGACCUGAGGUGGGUCUGGCCAAACAUGCAGGCCAUGUGGGCUCGCGGUGGGGCAGCUGCCCCAGCAGUCCUGGGUUUUUGUCUGUGGACUUAGUUUGAAAACGUUCUGGAACAGUUGCUAUUGUCCAGGUGUCCACCAUGGUCCCCUCUCCCCCUCUUGGUGUCGUCCUCAGACCUUGGUGUCUGGACUGGUGUGGAGUCCCACUCCGGCGGCAGCCUGCCCCCCACAAAGGUGCCACUCACCGAGCCUCACUCAUUUAGAUAGGUGGGUUUCUUCAAAUUAAGUUUAUAUGUUUGGGCAACAUUUUGCCUUAAGAUAUAUUUUUUAACUUUUUAUACUUAUUAUCUCUUUAGAUGUUUUCAGCUAUUUUCCUAAAAGUCUAUUUUUUCUAUGAGAACCCUCUGCUGCUACAUUAGUCACAUUCAUAGCCUUGGCGGUGGCAGUUGGCAAACCUGCUUUUUGAGGUUUGAAGAGGAGAGAUUUUACAAACUCCUGCCUCUGCUCUGCCAGCCCAGGGAAUGGGCUGAGCCCUGGGCUGGGGUCCUCCCAGCCCUGGAGUCAGCCUCCUGCUCUGUGAACUGGGGGAGGGAACUCUGGAGGGGCUUAUUUAUCCUAUUUAUAUGUGAGCGCCCCCCCAGGGACAUCAUUCAGACCAAGGCCAAACUUGUUUACUUGGGAAUCCUGCCGCUGGUCUCUGCCCAGAUCUCCCUCCAGGAGGUUCCAGCCGGUCCUGCUUAUACUGGCCCUGGUCUGAGGGUGCCCCUGCCUGCCACCAGGGACUGGUGCGCAAUGACAGGGCAGGAUGGCCCUGCGCCAGGCCUGUGUCUCCUGGUAGUCAAAAUGCCCAGGUUUCCUGUAUCAAACUGGUGCUGGAAUACAACUUCAGAUUAAAGUAAAAAAUUGUA